GAGAGAGAGAGAGAAGAAUUGAAUGGUAGCCUUUGCGUUAUCCCACUUCACUUUCCCGCUUCUUCUUCUUCUUCUUCUUCUUCAUUUCUCCAUCAACGCCUCACAAUGAACAAACCACUGAUUUUUACGCCGAGUUACUGAGUCGACUCAACAAUAAUGGACACCACUCCAGACAACACCCACAACCCCAAAUUCGAGGAUUCGCCAGUUUUCAACUUCAUAAACACCCUCUCUCCCAUCAAGCCUCUGAAAUCCAUUCACAUUACUCACACAUUCAAUAACAUUUCUUUCCCUUCCCUCCCAGUAUUCACUUCCCCACCAAGGCCAAAUCACUCAAUUCCAAACCCAUCGAGAUCCCCGCCUGCAAAUGAAGGAGCGGUUACAAUCAUGGACCAGUUACUGGGGAUUUUCGUGCCGGAAGUUUCUCCAACUCCGACGACGAUUCAGCCGCCGGAAACCGCCGCCGGCGAGGUUUUGAUAUUCCGUUGUCCGGUUAGCUCCGAGGCUGUGGAGGUGAUUAAUGAAGCAGAGGAUGGCAAUGUGGACAAAAUUUGUGUUUCGUUUAAGCCUCUCUCUAACCUACACCGCGGCAAUAUGCGGAGGCGAUGUCUAGAUUUCGAAAUGGCGGGAAAUCCCCAGACCAGCGCCUCGGCGGCGGCACACGGCGCUUCCUCAAUCCGUGGUUCUUCUUCAUCUUCUUCUUCUUCUUCAUCUCAACCUAAUCAGAAUCUUCUCUCUCUGACUUCUUCUGGCAAUGCAUUUCGAUGCACUCUUCCUGGUAUUGGAUUGCACUUGAAUGCUCUCGCCGCGACUUUGAAGCGUUCCGAUUCGGAGAAUCUGUGCUCUGAAACACAGCCGAAUCUUGCCCCAUUUUAUGCCCCCAAUUCCAGUCAAGAUCAGCCCCUAUUGGCUUCUUCCACUCCUGAAAGAGGAAGCCCUCUUCAAGAGCCCGCGCUUCCAAUUGGGGAAGAUCUCGAUCAGAUCAACCCUAAGAAGAAUAGGAAAUGGAUUGAUAAUGCUGGAAUCGGGGCGUGUAAACGUUGCAAUUGCAAGAAAUCUAGGUGCCUGAAACUAUAUUGUGAAUGCUUUGCUGCUGGUGUGUACUGCAUAGAACCAUGUUCAUGUCAAGACUGCUUCAACAAACCGACACAUGAAGCUGUGGUUCUCGAGACUCGCAGACAGAUUGAAUCUCGCAAUCCACUUGCGUUUGCUCCUAAAGUGAUCCUGAACUCUGAUUCUGUUUCUGAACUUGGGGAUGAUUCGAACAAAACUCCAGCUUCAGCGCGACAUAAACGAGGAUGCAACUGCAAGAAAUCAAGUUGCUUAAAGAAAUACUGCGAGUGCUAUCAGGGCGGUGUUGGAUGCUCCAUCAACUGCAGAUGUGAAGGUUGUAAAAACGCAUUCGGAAAGAAAGAUGAGUCAGCUCUAAUAGGAGGAACUGAGACCGAACGAGAGGAAGAAGAAAGAGAGCAUUGCCAAAAAAAUGCAGAAAUACAGAGUGAUGAAGAUCAGCAGAACCCAAUCAAUGCUGUUCCCUUGGCAUCACUACCAGGAGGACCACGCAGAUCAUUGAUUCCACUGUCAUUCCAGUUGAAGAGGAAACUUCCAUCUUUCAUUGACGACGAGCCCUUCUCUAGACCGAGCAUUCGAUUUAAACUCGAGAAGCAUGGCAUCAUUCAAACAGAGCCCAGGUUUGAGAAAACUCCCUGUGAGGAUGAGAUGCCUGGAACUCUUUGUAUGGGUUGUUGCUCUUCUAACACAGGUGUGAAGAGUGUUUCUCCCAACAGUAAGAGGGUCACUCUACCUCCGCCGCAAGGCGACUUCAGGCCGUCGCCUAGAAUCAGCCGGAAACUGAUUCUGCAGUCCAUACCCUCCUUCCCCUCUCACUAAUCUAAACUCACGAGUGAAUGGACCCAGUAAACUGUAGAGACUAGCCCAUUUCUUGUGUCUUCUUAGCCAUUACUGACACCUCAAUCAGAUGCAUUUGCCUGCCUAUAAUGCCAAAACAUUGGUACCAAUUUUCCCCUAAAGUUGUCAGUUGUCUUUGAAGUUUUCUUUUUCUCACAAACUUAUGUACCCACUAGUGAUGCCUCCAUAAUUCAUUGGUUUUAGAUUUGAAUCUCUCUAUUCUACUUGUAUCUCUGUCUCCCCCCUCCCUCCACCAAAAAAAGAAGGAAAAAAAAUGCUAAGCCUGAAUUAUAUACAGCCCUAAAAACUGUGUCAAACUAGGUUAAAGAGAAUCCAUUCUCUUAUUUAAUAUUUUGUGCAAUGAUUACUCAGGUAAAUUGUUUCUGUGGUAGUCCUUUUUCCAUUUUUAUAUUCGUAUUAAUGUCUCAAGAUGUAGUGUUGGACGCCAAGAAUAAGAAAUAAGAUCGGCAUAUUUUUUUAA